AUGGGUUCAGAUGCCAUUGCACCCGCAAGAGCGGAUGAGAUUAUCCAGGAACCUAAGCCUGCUCCUCUUACUGUGGAGGCAGCCGUGAAAGCCGUCAAGGCAGGCAAUGCCAAAGAUGUUGAUAUUGCUGCCCAAAUCAUCGCAGACUAUGCGGAUGAAAUGGGUGUGGAUGGCUGGAGCAAGGAGGAAGAGAAGAAGCUUAUGCGCAAGAUCGAUUGGUGGCUGAUCCCUAUUCUGUUCGUGUGUGCUACUCUGUCUGGCCUUGACAAGACUGCCAUCUCUGCUGCCGCCAUCUACGAUAUCAAGAAGGAUUUGCACCUUACUGGACAGGAAUACUCCUGGAUUGGUUCUGCACCCUUCUUCGGUGGUCUUCUUUUCAUGUGGCCUGCAGCAUACUGUCUUCAGAGAAUGCCUGCUGUUGUCUUCUUCUCUUUCAACGUCCUCUGCUGGGGAAUCAUGGAGAUGUGCAUGGCUGCUACCUCUAGCUUCGCCGGGUUGUUCGUCUGCCGUUUCCUGCUUGGAGGUUUUGAGGCGCUCUUGAUUCCCGCCGUUACCUUGAUUGUCUCCAUGUGGUACAGGCCUGAGGAGCAACCUAGACGUAACUCUAUUAUUCUCAACGUUGUUGCGCCUAUUGUCAACGGUUUUGUGGCUUGGGUUGUAGGAUACUACAAAGGCCCAUUCGCAACUUGGAAGAUUAUCUUUCUCCUCCUUGGCUCGAUCACUAUCGUUUGGUCUGGUGUUGUCUUCUGGUUCCUCCCCAACAACCCAUUGGAGACCAAGAGACUUACGCCAAGGGAGAAGUACAUCAUCAUCCAGCGAAAGGCUGCGGACAACACGGGUAUCGAGACCAAGGCAAUCAAGAAGGAACAAAUCUGGGAGGCAUUCGCUGACCCGAAGACUUGGCUCAUUUGGAUCUCUAUUAUUGCUCUCCAAGUUCCUAACGGCGGAUUGACUACAUUCAACACGUUGAUUAUCAGCGGUCUUGGUUUCAGUCCGCUGCAAACCUCAUUGUUGGCCAUGCCCCCUGGAGCUAUGAGCACCCUCUCGGGUCUAGCCCUGUCAUUCCUCGCAUCUACGACAAGACGAUAUCGCACAGUCAUGGUUGCUGCUUCAAUCCUGCUCCCUCUGCUCGGUGCCAUCCUCUGCUACGCUUUACCUCGAGACAAUCUUGCUGGUCAGCUCAUUGGUUUAUAUAUUUUGUACACUUACUGGGCACCAUACGUCACUCUUGUCUCGAUCUACCAAGCUAACAUUGCUGGCCAUACCAAGAAGAUUGUCCUCUACGCAUGGUUCUACAUCUCUUGGACCACUGGUAACAUCAUUGGCCCGCAAACAUUCCGUGCCGACCAGGCUCCCAAAUACACCGGUGGUAUCAUUGCUAUGAUCGUGUGCUAUAUCGUCGCCAUGAUUUGCAUCCUCGCUUACGGUGCUCUUUGCCAUAUGAGCAACCGUAAGCGGGCGGAAGCUAUCGAAGCCAGACUCGCCGCCGAGCAGGACUGGCUUGAUCUGACUGACAAGCAGAAUGAAGGAUUCAGGUACACAACCUAA